AUGAUCCAAACAAGACAGAUAUCAAAAUGCCAAGCUUCCACAACACCAUCACCAUUGGCCAUAGGCCAUAGGCCGAAAGAAAGCACAAACAGGACGACUUAUCUUGUGACUGGUGCCAGUAGAGGCAUCGGCGAAGGCCUCGUAGCCUCAUUUCUCGGAAGACCAGACUCGACCGUAAUCGCCUGUGUCCGCAAUGCCGCAACACAAUCAAAAGCCUUAAGCGAGCUUCCACACGCCGAAGGCAGCUCCCUCAUCGUCGUCAAGCUCGACUGCGCAGUCGAGACAGAUCCAGCCGCGGUGGUCGAGGAACUGCAGUCAACACACAACAUCCGACACAUAGACGUCGUCGUAGCAAAUGCAGCGAUCGCUGGCGCGUAUGGACCGACCUCGACCUUACCUUUGGACGCUGUCAAGGAGCACAUGCAGAUCAACUGCUACUCAGUGCUCCUCCUCUUCCAAGCAACGAGACCGCUUCUGGAGCAAGCAGCACCAGGGAAGGCGAAAUUCGUCUUCAUCGGUGCGCCCAUUAGCACCAUUACGCAGAUGGAGGAGUGUGCAAGAGCGCCGCUCGGGGCGUAUGGUCUGACAAAAUUGGCGGCGAACUAUCUUGUUCGCAAGUUCCAUUUUGAGAACAAGUGGUUGAUGUCGUUUGUGAUUGAUCCUGGACAUGUCCAGACCGAUAUGGGAGAUUCCGGUGCCAGGUUGAUGGGGCGUAAGGAAGCGCCGACGACGCUGCAGCAGAGUGUUGAUGGAAUUUACCUUUUGCAGAUUGAUGAAGCUACCAAGGAAGAGUCGUCGGGCCAGUUCUUGCUGCAUGAAGAUGGAUCCAGACUGCCAUGGUAG